AUGCUUUCAGCACAGAUUUGCUUAAUAUUUCUUCUCUUAACCCAUUUGCACACCCAACCAGAGCUGUCCUCCCCUCGUGGAGCCCUCCAGUCCACAAAGGUUGGACAGCAUUUUGUGAUCUCCCAGACGACAUUCCAACCUGCUCAUAUUGCCUCAGCCCGUUUUGCUUUGUCUAUCUUCCGGCUCGACUUGGCCGCCAUUACAAAUGACUCGGUUUUACUUCACAUUCCAAAGUGGCUUAUCAGAAGCCAUCUUGUACAUAACAACCGCAGCAGCUAUGCGCUUCUGCCAGUUGCCUUCUGGUGA